UGGACAUAGAAGUUCGGUGUAGGAUGUCGGGUAGAGACGUCUCAUCACCGUUACAUCCUCCAUUCAACAACAAUAGCAAGUCUGUGGUGGAACAACGGAGAUAACUUUAUUCUGAUCAAUAACUGGUCUGAUUUUAAUUAAGCGAGGAUCGGGUCACCUUCGUUUUGGAAGCUGUCUCAGACCCCCACAUUGCGAAGGUUUUCUCAAAUGGCCACAUGGCAGAAUAUCAAGCUCUUCUACCAAGGAGUACUAGAGAAUGGAGACAGGAGAACGGAUGGCUGGUUGCUGGUGUACUCCCCUCUGCCAAUCAGCUGCAUCUUCCUGUGUUAUCUGCUGCUCAUAUGGACGGGACCUAAACUCAUGGAACACAGACAGCCAGUCAAACUGAAGCCUGUGCUAAUUGUUUACAACUUCGCCAUGGUCUGCCUGUCAGCUUACAUGUUCUAUGAGUUCACAGUGUCCGCCUGGUUGGCCAACUACAGUUUGCUUUGUCAACCUGUUGACUACAGUCACAGCCCGCUGGCAAUGAGAAUGGCCAAGGUGUGCUGGUGGUUCUAUUUCUCCAAAGUAAUUGAGCUCAGUGACACAGUGUUCUUCAUCCUGAGGAAGAAGAACAGCCAACUGACAUUCCUGCAUGUCUACCAUCAUGGCACCAUGAUAUUCAACUGGUGGGCUGGAGUCAAAUAUGUGGCCGGGGGCCAGUCCUUCCUCAUAGGCCAGAUCAACUCUCUAGUCCAUGUGGUGAUGUACCUGUACUAUGGACUGGCUGCUGUGGGUCCUCACAUGCACAAGUUCCUGUGGUGGAAACGUUACCUGACCUCCCUGCAGCUGCUCCAGUUCCUCAUUGUGACGAUCCACACCACCUACAACCUCUUCACUGACUGUGACUUCCCAGACUCCAUGAAUGCUGUGGUGUUUGCUUACUCCCUCAGCCUCAUCGCUCUUUUCAGCAACUUCUACUACCAAAGUUACCUCGCCAAGAAGGCCAAGAAGAUAUAAGGGAGAGAAGAGAGCAAAUGGAUA